AUGACUUCUUUCGAUAAAAGACCUAUCACCAAGGUGAUAGUCAUUGGAGCCGGCUUUUCCGGGCUAGCCAUGGCUUGCCAGCUUCAAAGGAAGCUCAAUUGCGAUGAUUUUACGAUCUAUGAUCGUUCUCCUGCACCAGGCGGUGCUUGGUGGGCGAACAAAUACCCAGGAUGUGCCGUCGAUAUCCCAGCUGUCUUCUACAGUCUAUCUUUUGCCUCGAAUCCCAAUUUCUCCAAAGUAUUUCCGUCGCAGGCUGAAAUCUUGGACUACUUCAACAACGUUGCGGAAAGGUUUGACGUGACUCGACAUGUCGUUCCAAACACGGAAUGGGAGGGAGCUUACUGGCAGGAGUUGACCAGUACCUGGCUUGUCAAGCUGAAGGAUUUAUCCACUGGUCAACUGUAUUACCAGGAAUGCAAGAUCCUGAUCUCUGCCGUGGGGGGUCUAGUGAAUCCCAAUCAGUUUGAUGUUCCAGGGAUCGAUGACUUUCAAGGUGAUAUCAUUCAUACUGCGCGGUGGAAAACGGAUGUGUCACUUCAUGACAAGGAUGUGAUCGUCGUUGGCAACGGAUGUUCAGCAGCUCAACUCGUUCCGGCAAUCGCUGAUGAGGCAAAGAGUAUUUCGCAAUUCAUUCGGACACCUCAACACUAUCUGCAAAACGAUAAUUUGCAGAUCAAUUAUAAGUGGCGUUUCAUAUUUCGCUACGUGCCAGGUGUUCUAUUACUCUUUAGGAUCCUCGUCUUCCUCUUCCUAGAGAGUACCGCGAUCAGAUUCAAGGUGACCGGAAGUGGCCCGAAAGCCAGGAAUCAAUCAGCUGAGAGAAGUCGAGCGUACAUCAAGGAAAACGCUCCCGGUAGGCCAAUCAACGAUCAUUAUGCCUUUGGACUUCUACAAAAUCAGCGGCGAGUAUUCGACAGCUGCAAAUAUGUCAGUUGUCUUCAACGAAGCAACAUCCAUCUCACAGAUGAUCCAAUUACCGCCCUCCUUCCACGUUCAAUCCAGACCAAAUCAGGCCGGGAAUAUCCAGCAGACACAAUUGUCCUCGCUACCGGGUUCUCCUUGACACAAUACGAUGUAGAAUUGGUUGGUCGAAAUGGCCAAACUCGAGCACAGCACUGGAACGACUUUGGCUACAAGGAAGCCUACAAGUCCAUUGCCAUGUCGGAAUUUCCCAAUUUCUUCUACGUCCUGGGACCCAACUCCGGCAAAGGACAUACUUCUACCAUCUACUCCAUCGAAAACUACAUCGAUCUCAUCGUCCAAGUAAUUGCACCAGUGAUCCGGGAUCAAUCUACCUUUGUCGAGGUCAAGGCCGACAGUGAGAAAAAAUACAAUGAGACCUUGCACGAAGCCAUCGGGAAGACUAUUUUCAAUAAUUCCUGUUUCAGCUAUUUCAUCGACCAAAAGACUCAAAAGAACUGGUUCAUCUAUCCAUGGAGUUCUUUUGAUAUGUGGUAUGACACUCAUUUGGGACUUUCGAAUGAAUGGAUCUACGAUGUAAGUCUACCUAGCCUAGUGCUUUGUGAAAGUCUCCACUAA